AAAUCGCGUUACCCAAAUAACAAAACGUCCAACCACUUCUUUAUUCGUCCUACCAUCGGACACAAUGUAAUCUCAUGGAAAUGUAUAAGGCUAUUUUCAACAAACAUAUAGACGUCACUUUUACGUUAGUGUUCCUAAUCGGGGAAACUAUUCCCCAAACGCUCAAUUGUCUUCACCAAAAUAAGCCUCGAUCGACAGACGUUGUUCUCAAAGUCUCUUCAAGAGCGAAUGGAUAGAUAUAGUCAUAGUUAUCGUUGCGUUGAGACAAUAAGAUGCCUUUUACGACUUUAAAGCGAACUAAUGUUGCUCAUGAUACCCAAAUGAGAACCCCUUCAGUCAAAAAUGGGCUGAAAUGGGCAGCGAUCGGAGGCGUUGUUUUGGGUUUCUUGGGUGUUAUGAAAAUCAGCGGCAAUCUGAACAGGGAAUUCUUCGCUGAACUUCUGUUGGCUCGGGACGGUAAAACACACGAAGCUCCGCAUCACCAGCAGACGGACAAGUCCGACUCAUCAAAUCAAAGCCCAAUAAUACCCCCUGGAACGGAAGCCACUAUAAUAAUUAAAUAAGAGAUGAUGCGCGCUUUUUUAACCUCUUGCGCUCAUACGUGCUCGUACGCUCAUAUCAUAUCUUUGGCUGUGCGUAAUUUGUGUUGAUGUAC